GUCCCGGCAGCUUGAGCAGAUGAUCGAGUAGAUCAACAAGCCGAGGAGCCGCGGAUCAGCCACAGGGACACACGGAGACGCGAGGAAGGCGAAGGGACUCUCUCAGGAUCCGAGGCUGUAAGAAGACUCCUGAAGGAAUCCGAGUCCAGCGUUUUGGUUUGCUGUGUUUACUGAGACUACCUAGGAGGACCCCCAUCCCACCCUGCAUCCCCAUCACUCCUCCUGCACCAUGACCACCCGUGGGAAUGCCAGGACCAAUGGGAACCUGCCCCAGACCAAGAUCUGCCAGUUUAAGCUGGUUCUGCUGGGAGACAUGGCAGUGGGCAAGUCCAGCCUGGUCCUACGCUUCGUCAAGGGCCAGUUCGAUGAGUUCCAGGAGACCACCAUUGGAGCUGCUUUCUUGGCUCAGUCAGUUUGCCUGGACGACACCACGGUGAAGUUUGAGAUUUGGGACACAGCCGGACAGGAACGCUACCACAGCCUGGCCCCUAUGUACUACCGGGGAGCCCAAGCAGCCAUUGUAGUGUUUGAUAUUACAAAACCGGAGACGUUUGAGCGAGCGAAGGCCUGGGUGAAGGAGCUCCAGAGGCAGGCGAGUCCCAACAUCGUCAUCGCGCUGGCAGGAAACAAGUCAGACCUCGCUGACAAGAGACUGGUGGAGUACGAGGAGGCUCAGACGUAUGCUGAAGACACAGGCUUAUUGUUCAUGGAGACCUCCGCCAAGACUGCUAUGAACGUGAACGAGUUAUUCCUGGCCAUUGCGAAGAAGAUGCCGAAAACAGACACUCAGAACCCGACGCACGCCGCCCGACACAGGGGAGUCAACCUGCAGGACCCAGACGCCCAGUCCAGCCGAAGCUGCUGUGGGAACUAAACAUCUCUACCAUAUACAUCAACAAGGGAGACCACCAACUCCCCUUCCCCUCGUUCCCCACCCUCCACCCUUUCACCUCCAAGACUGACGCAGAGAGAGAAAGAGAUAGAGAGAAGGUGUGUGUGUGUGUGAGAGAGAGAGAGAAAGAGAGAGAGCAACAGAAAAAAGGAAAAAAGAGGAGAGGUUUGAAUCCCUCAGUGAUCCUGGAAAGUGAUUUCUAAACAGAGGGGUGGUGUGAAGUGCAGGAUUGGUGAGAACACUUGUACUGUAGACUCCAGAACUCUACAUGGCACUUAAUGAUGGAUGUCUAUUCCUGUUUAUUUUGCCAACCUUUUAUUUUUGCCUACCCCAAGCAGUUGGGAAUGGCAGAGCUUAGAGGAGAACAAGAAAGGGAGUAAAACGAUCCUCCGACAGCUUCUCGGCACUAAGAAGAAACGCAGCACCUUAAUCUCGCCUCGUAAAUCAUACAACAGCAAAGCACCCCGACGAAAUUCGACGGAAAUGAUCGCGAUUGGUCAUCAGCAGCUCCGGACAGCUUCCUCCUGCAUGUAUUUACACUCGAGCUUCUUUUACAGCUGUAAAAUUCUGCACCGGAAAUAUCUUUCCUCCUCUUAUGUGCUCUCCAGUCAUCUGUUCAUCUCUGCUUUGUGAUUCCUCCUCUGUUGGAAACUACUGAUUCAAUCUGUCUGUAAUAUACUAGUGUUAGUAACAUAAAUAUAUAUAUAUAUAAUUAGUAACAGUCCUCGAUGAACCAUUUGACGUAUCCGGUCUUGCUCCGAGACAUCUCUGAACGCAGAGGUCACACAGAUCCGGUCUUCUUCUUGUGCUGUUUGUCUUGAAGCAACAGGAAAAAAAAAGCACCUGUAGUCACUCGCUUUUAAUGCAGACGACGACAAGAACAACAAAAAAAGAUCUGACACUGCGUAGAAGAAAAUGGAGGUUGAGUUAAAAGGAAAAAGAAACAAAACAAACAAGGGUUUAGGGAAAAAAACAACAAAAAAGUGCCUACUCUCCAUGUUCUUUGUUUUGGGCCUGCUCGGGAUGCUUUGAGUUGGCAGAUGUAUGGCAGAACCUUGAAUCCUUGAGGGUUUCAAGCCAGUGUCUGUUUAUGUUCCAGCGCUAAAUGUACCCAAAGCAUCUAAACCGUGUUCAACACGGCGCACUUCAUUCUUUUGAACGCGUUUAGAGCUGGAACCGAGCAAAAACCGACUGGAUCGAGACCCUCUGGCCUGAAGCGCACCAAUAACCUGCAACACAUUACUGUUUGUUGAAAAAGAGAGAUUCUUUUUAUCGUCUUGUUUUACGGAUGCUGUUUGUUGUUGGAUUUUGUGUACAAAAAUCUAGUAAUAAUCUAUUUGCGUUUAUUUAAAUAGUCUGUGAUUUUAUGGGUUGCCAAUCCAAUUUUGUCAUUUAAGGAAUGAUGAAGUAUCUACAUGGAUUUGUCAUGUCUCUUACAAUCCAGGGUUUUUUGUUUGGUUUAUUUUAUUUUUUUUGUUGUUUUCUUUGGGGUGUGUGUGAAAUAGAUUUGAUCUCCUGUUAACACUUAUGUGAACUGGAAAGUCAAAUAAAGCUGUGCUUUCUGCCAUGAAA